AUGGCCAAGACAAGAAUGUUUGUUUCAGUCUCCCUUUUCCUUGUCGUCAUGACUCUGACGAUGAUCGGCUCGCAUGUGUCUGCAAAAGCUAUGACACGUACGCCUGCAGCUAUUUUCAUAUUGGGGGACUCGACUGUGGAUAUUGGGACAAAUAAUUUCAUACCAGAGAGUGGAGCAAGGGCCGAUAUGCCUCAUAAUGGUGUUGACUAUCAUGGUUCCCCCCCAACUGGAAGGUUUAGUAACAGCUAUAACACUGCUGAUUCAAUCGUCCAGUUAAUGGAUUUCAAAGAGAGCCCGCCAUCUUUCCUCUACGUUCUUUACAAGCAUAAGCAGCAUCUUAGGAGUAUCCAAAACUUCAAGGGCCUUAACUUCGCCUCAGGAGGAUCCGGACUUCUUGACAAUACUGGAAAAGUUCCAUAUGAGUAG